CUAUCCAAAGUACCGGUAGUAGUCUAAUCCAACCCUGAUUCGAAGAAGGGCACCCACCAAACCUCGAAAGAUUCCCAAAGCUGCUGACCAUCCAGAAAACCAAGAAAUCUCACUCCUCUCCUCUCUCUCUCUCUCUCUCUCUCUCUCCCCUCGCCACCGUCGCCAUGACCCGCCGCGUCCUCCCCUUGCUCCUGCUGCUGGCGCUGCUCCCCUCCCUAGCGCCGCCUGGUGCGUCUGCACGCCCGGGCGCGGGGCAGGAUUUGGGACAUCAGUGUCCGGUGCUGGAGCACGGGCUCCCGCCGUUCGCCGCCGCGCUCCGGGCAAGCUGCCCCGUCUCGACGGAGGGGUACUCGCCCCCCGAGGAGGUUGUUAAUGGGGAGGAACUUCUUAGGAUGUUGGAUAGCAAGGAAGAGCACACAGCUGUCCUUUUCUAUGCAUCAUGGUGCCCUUUCUCGCAAAGAAUCAGACCAGUCUUUGAUGAUCUGAGCUCAAUGUUUCCACGGGUUAAGCACGUGGCUGUUGAAGAGUCCAACAUCGUGAAAGCCAUUUUGUCGAGAUAUCAUGUCCGUGCACUACCUUCCAUAAUAAUAGCUCGCAGCUCAUACGUAUUCUGGCCUCUUGGUUCAAAAGAUCUCGACUCCCUGGUCAACCUUUACACUACUGCUACGGGUCAAGAACCAGUCGCAUAUAUUGGUACUCGGAAGUGGAGCGCAGCGCGAAGUACAGACUAUGCUAAGAUUUGGAACAGCUCUAUUAGUGAAACAGUGAAGCGAGAACCCUACCUAGCAUUCAGUAUCCUGUUUAUUUGCCUGAGGAUAUUCUUUUUCUUCUUCCCAAAGUUCUUUGCUCUCAUCCAAGACUUCUGGACCGAAUACUACGAGCAAAGCAACCUUGGAAUCCUCGCCAAAUUGACCCAUGCUGUGGAUGUGAGGAAGGUGUGGAGCAAGCUGAGGCUCAUGGUUGGAGCUAAGAAUGGUAGGAUCUGGGCAUCUCUAGCUUCGGUGUCGCUUGGUGGGCAACCUUCUCCGCGAGUUGCUGUUGGACUGAUGGGCUCGACCAUCUGACAGCAACAAAAACAAGAGAACGUGCUGAUUCAUUGAAUUGCACUUGACGAAGUAGCUCCUGUAAGGCUGUAACUCACAUGAGCAUAUUGAGACAGAUAAGGUCUCUGGCUCUCGUGCUCAGAAACAUACAUCCUGUUUGUAGCAUGUAAAUCUUAGGGAUACCGUGGAGCCUCUGUAAAUCAUAUUGUAACAUUAGUCGUCAGUGCCCCCAUCAGGCAGGCUGCCUUUGGCAAUGAAAAUGCAGCACAAGUUUCUCCUUUCCCUCCCCAGAAUACAUGGUCAAAUGCGCAGUUUUAUCAUGUAAUCUGCAAUGGUUAAUGGACAUCCUUCAUUGAUCAGUGUCA